GGACUCCGCCCAAAAAUUGAUGUUAAUAACACACCACAAUCUAUUAUUAAAUUAAUCAGACGUUGCUGGAGAAAAAAUCCCAAAGAACGGCCAAUUGCUAUUGAAUUACUUAAUGAGCUUCGUACUUAUAGGGAAAAAGACCAUGAAAUAUGGAAGGAAAUUGAAAAAAUCGAAGAAAAUAAGAAUUUUAAUAUAUCACCACAAGAAGCAUCGCUAAAAUACGAAACAUCCAAACAAGCAUUCUAUACUAGUAAACGCCAUUAUGUUCCAGAAACAAGUAAACACGAUUAUAAUUCAGAAACAGAAUCUCUAAUUCUUCCAUCCGAUCCAUCCGAUUCCGAUUAA